CGGUGUGUUGCCAUGGAGACAGGAACUGGUGAUGUCCUUCCCCGGUGGUGAAGAGGCUAUACCAGCUCGACUAUAACGUGACUGCCCAGGUUACACGCCCGUCACCAGAUGGUUUCCAACACUCUGAUCAUCACAGGAGUCAGUGCUGAGCAGCUCAAUGACGACGCGUUCAUAGCAAGGCUACACAACGUGCUGGUUUCAGCGCUGGCGCAGACCGAGUCCGUUCAGUUCAUCGUGUUGAAGUCGUUCAAGAGGAUUCUGUUGAUAUUCCAGUCCAGGGAGAGCAGUUCACUGCUGAUUGACAAGCUCAAGGAGCUGGGGAGAGCAGAAGGGUUUGCUUGCGGGUAUGCCUUGAACGACUUUUCCAAUAACCUGGGGAACAACUAUCUGGAGCUUCCUUCAGACUCACGAAUGUUCCUGAUAUCGCCACCUGCUUCGCCUCCAGUGGACUUCAACUACGAUGCCACCGAGGAGGAGCCGAAUAAACUGCAGAUAUAUACCCACGAGGAUAUCCAGGAGCUGUUCUUGAAGAAUAACGAGGAGCUGCGGAAAGUGUUGGAGCAAGAACACGACUCCACCAAAUACGUCUCGUCUGCCGUGGAUGACUCAAAGGGGAAGCUAAUUGAUCAAUUACGACGGGAAAUCGUGCUUAACGAUAGUCCAGGUGGUCCCAAGAUCGUUCUUGAAGCCAUUAACGUUGAAGAUGACCACCUUAUUGGCAAGGCGAUUCAGAGCUUUAGGACCAGUCUACCACCAAGAAGCAUAUUCGAUGAUUUAGAUGACGACUGAUGCACUUAUACGUCUAUUGUGUGGCUUUAUAUAGUACGGGGUUGGAUUAUAAUACAUUAACAUUAACCAUACUAACACAAUAGACAUGCUGGGAAAAGGACAGCAUCAAGUGAGUGACGACGAUAUAUAUAGCGAAAGAGACUAGUUGUGUAGUUAUAACUUGCCAGCAAAGAAUAUAAUGUACAGCACCGUACAAUGAAUGAUACUACCAAUCCAACAAUAAGCCAUCACUAUCGAGAAGAAAAUAAUCAAAAAGAUGGGAGGGAUAUGACAUUCUUAGGAUCAAUAUUAGUACAGAG